AUGACAAGAGCUGGAGAGAACACUAAGGUUUCUCAGGAGGUGCCAAAUGCUUUGUAUACUAUAAGUAAGAACGUUUUAGGACGAAACGUUACAGAUACAAUAGCUCCAUUAGUGAGAGAGGCAUUGCCAAUACCUGGAGAGAAACCUCCAGAACUUCUUGAAAAAAUUAGCGAUGAAAGUGAUGAAAAUGAUGACGAUGAUGGAGAUUCAAAAAGUUGCACAACGCCAGAAGGAGUAUCUGGAUAUUGUACCGACCUAAGUGACUGCCCCCAACUCCUUCUCAACUUGGGUAACCUACGGCAAUCAUUAUGUUUCAAAAGCCUUUUUGUGCCAGGAGUUUGUUGUCCAAAAACAUCUCUUGAUCCAGUUCAAAAUGCCGUCGCACCAAUAUCUAAUUCACGUCCAAUACAAACUACCACACCAAGUUAUCCGGUUACGUUUGCCUCAAUUUAUUACAACACAGAAAAAACAACUACAUCAACCAUAAGGCCUGUUAUCACUACAUCUGUUUCUACAGUACUUACUAGUACACUAAUAAAACUUCCUCCAAUAAAUAUCUCCAGCAGUGUAUCAAGUUUGCCUCAAGUUAAUAAUAACUAUAUAGACACAGAAGAAUGUGGCCAGCCAGAGUCAGCUAAAUUUCGAGUAGUGGGAGGUGAAGAAGCCUUACCUGGUAGAUGGCCUUGGAUGGCAGCGAUUUUCCUACACGGCUCUAGACGAACUGAAUUUUGGUGUGGUGGUUCUCUGAUUUCAUCAACGCAUAUUCUCACAGCAGCUCACUGUACUAGAGAUUCACGACAAAGACCGUUUUCAGCAAGGCAAUUCACAGUGCGUCUAGGAGACAUAGAUCUUAAGCGAGAUGAUGAACCUUCUGCGCCAGUGACCUUUAAAGUUUCCGAAAUCAGAGCGCACAAGCAAUUCAGCCGAGUAGGUUAUUAUAACGAUAUUGCCAUACUAAAACUAGACAGGCCAGCUAGAAAAUCAAAAUAUGUGAUUCCGCUUUGCCUGCCUCCAACAGGAUUAAGGAAUGAACAGUUUUCUGGCCAAAGAAGCACUGUAGUGGGAUGGGGUACGACUUUCUAUGGGGGAAAAGAAAGUACAGUUCAGCGACAAGCACAAUUACCGGUGUGGAGAAAUGAAGAUUGCAAUCAGGCUUAUUUUCAACCUAUUACAAGUAAUUUUGUUUGUGCUGGGUACUCAGAAGGCGGCACUGAUGCUUGCCAGGGAGAUUCCGGUGGGCCGCUUAUGUUGAAUUGGGAGACCAGAUGGAUUCAGAUAGGAGUGGUCUCAUUCGGAAACAAGUGUGGUGAGCCUGGAUACCCUGGAGUCUAUACCAGAGUUACCCAAUAUUUGGAUUGGAUAAAAGAAAAUACCAGGACUUAGGCAAUGUUUAGAAUUCUUCAAUUGAGAAUAUACCCUCCAGUACCCAUCAUAAGUUUUUUACCAAUCAAGUGUGAUUAAUGAUUAUCAUGACUUUCUAGUUAAUUACCG